AUGGCUAUCGAAAACGCCCCAACGACCCCUGAAGAGGCUGCCUCCAAGGCCGAGGUUCACGACAAUGUCGAUCUUGGGGAUGACCCCUCACGCGAGGUCUCCAAGAAGCGACAGAGCCUGUCGGACCUGUUUACAAUCUUUGCCAGCGGCUUCGCUCUGAUCAGUGAUGGAUAUCAAAACAACCUCAUGACGAUGACCAACGUCCUUCUCAAGAAGCAGUACCCCAAGGAGUAUACUACGACCGUCAGCACGCGCGUAUCUAAUGCGCUACUGGUGGGAGAAGUCAUCGGCCAGGUGGUUGUUGGUCUGACCUGCGACUACUUUGGCCGGAAAAUGGCCAUUGUUUUCACCACCCUCAUGAUUGUCAUUGGAGGUAUCUUGGCCACUGCCUCGCACGGUGUUACCAUUGACGGUAUGUUCUGGAUGAUGACCGUUGCUCGUGGUAUCGUCGGCUUUGGCGCUGGCGGCGAGUAUCCUGCAUCAUCGACAUCUGCCUCCGAGUCCGCCAACGACUUGACACCUAAGUAUCGUGGUCCAGCCUUCAUCAUGGUGACCAACUUUCCCCUGUCCUUUGGCGGACCGUUCGCAGUGUCCAUCUUUUUGAUCGUGCUUUCGGCUUGUGGCCAGUCGCACUACAGCACUGUAUGGCGAGUAUGCUUCGGCAUUGGAUGUAUUUGGCCACUCUCUGUGUUCUACUUCAGAAUCCGCAUGCUCAACUCAGCGCUUUAUCGCCGUGGUGCCAUCAAACGGCAUGUCCCGUACAAGCUUGUCAUACGGUAUUACUGGAAGACACUGAUCGGGACCUGUGGUGCUUGGUUCCUCUACGACUUCGUCACCUUCCCCAACGGUGUCUUCUCUGGCACCAUUAUUUCAAACGUGGUCCACAAUGGCACAAUCCUUCAAACAGGAGAGUGGCAACUCCUCCUUGGAGCAAUCGCCCUGCCGGGUGUCUUCCUCGGCGCGAUCCUCUGUGACCGCGUUGGCCGCAAGAACAUCAUGAUGAUCGGAUUCAGCGGAUACCUCGUCUUCGGCCUAAUCAUUGGAUGUGCCUUCGAUCGUAUCACAAAGAUUAUUCCUCUCUUCAUCGUCUUCUAUGGACUCAUGCAAAGCUCUGGCAACUUUGGUCCCGGGAAUAUGCUUGGUCUACUAUCCUCGGAGUCCUAUGCUACCGGCGUGCGUGGAACAUGCUAUGGUAUCUCCGCUGCGGUUGGGAAAGCUGGGGCCGCCAUUGGGACUCAGGCGUUUCAGCCAAUUGCCAACAAUAUUGGGAAGAAGUGGACUUUUAUCAUUGCUGCGAUCUGUGGUGUGGUUGGUGUCUUAGUGACUUGGUUCUUCGUGCCAGAUCUUUCUGGGGAGGAUCUGCGUCUGCGCGAUGAGAAGUUCCGGGCUUACCUUGUGGCCAAUGGGUGGGAUGGAGCUAUGGGAGGGGUGAUCUCCAGGCUCUUGCGGACGAGGGAAUCCCAGCGGAUACUAAGGCUGCUGCUACUGCCGCAAAGGAAGGUUAAAUCUGGAGAUGAUGGUAGCAUUGAAGAUGACGGGAGAUGGAGGCAUAAUCUUGGUCGUUGGCAUUGA